UCGUCGCACCCACUGAGACCCCUUCCUUUCCCUUACCCGCCGCCGGCCGGACCAGCCCGGAGCCGAACCCCGAAUCUUAGCUCGCCUCCCAAUCCGCCGAAGGCGCGCAGCCUUCCGCUUUGCAGCGCCUCGCAGCGCAGGGACAUACUAUUACACCCCCUUGCCGGAUCUCCCUUCCAGUACACCCCACGGCUGCGCGGAUCUCGUACCCACCAUCCGCCCCUUCGACGCAGAUGGGGCUCGACGACCUGGAGGCUGCGUGCUGUGCCCUUCCGGUACUCGUCUCCUUGCUCGCCAUUCGCUUCGUCUACGUGUUGUGGCGCAGCGGCCAGCCGUCGUCGAAGCCCUCUGCCGCUGGAUUGCGGUGUCUCAUCGUCCUCGGAUCCGGAGGGCAUACCGCAGAAAUGAUGAACAUUGUAACAACGCUUCAGAAGGAUAGCUUCACGCCAAGGUACUAUGUGGCUGCACUUACUGACAACAUGAGUCUCCAAAAGGCACAGGUCUAUGAGCAGUCAUUGAUUCAGAGUGAUGGGGAGAAGACCAUCAAGAACGCCCACUUCAUGCAGAUAUACCGUAGUCGUGAAGUAGGCCAAUCUUACAUUACCUCAAUUGCAACAACAUUGCUAGCUACAUUGCAUGCUAUGUGGCUAGUAAUAAGAAUCAGACCACAAGUGAUAUUUUGCAAUGGUCCAGGGACAUGCUUCCCUCUGUGCAUCUCUGCUUUCAUUCUGAAGGUGUUUGGUUUGAGGUGGUCCUCCAUUCUUUAUAUUGAAAGCAUUGCAAGAGUGAAGAAGCUUUCGUUGAGCGGUAUAUUGUUGUACAAGCUACGGAUAGCCGACCAGUUCUUCGUGCAGUGGCCCCAGCUGCAGCAAAAAUACCCUCGGGCGCAGUAUGCUGGUCGUUUAAUGUGAAGAUGUAUGCAUAUCCGAUAUUGGUAUACCGUGUUUUCCAACUGAAAAUCUAAACAUGCUGACAUCUCUGUACAAUUCGACAAAUAGAAUUGUGGUUGCCUUAAAAAUAGGGCUUCAGGAGAAUAUAGACACUCAUACUUGAUACAAGGGAUAUGGAAGUGCAGGUUACUUAAGAUAUUCAUUCUGGAUGAAAUAGAAUCAAAGUUGACCGAUAGAA